AUGCCGCGAACGACUCGAUCGAGCUCGCGUGGGCGGACAACAGUGAGGGAAGAGCUGAAAGAUGAGGGACAAAGCCAAGUCACCGAUUAUUUCAAGACAACCAGAAGAGGUCGAAAACCGACGGAAAAGGAUGCACAACAAAAAUUGGAUCAAGCAGACGUGACUACGAUUCCCACUCAAAUCACGAAAUCUUUACCGAGUCCGCCGAAAGUGAAACGCGAAGAAAAAGGAGGAGAACAAAUCACCGCCUCACCAAGCCGGCAAGCUGCCAGAAAAUUGUUUGAUGAUUCGCCAAAGACAAAAGAAACAUCUGCAAACGUUAGAACUGUAGAAAAUGAGGUAACGAUUUCUCCGCGUAAAGCGGCUAAGAAGCUUUUUGGUGACUCGCCAAAGGUUGAUCACGAGAAACUUAACGAGGAUAAGCGACAUGACAACAUUGAAACGAUCGAAACACUGGUUUUGCAGAAAUCCCCAUUACGAGCGAAGAAAGCGAUCAAAAGUGUUGCACAGUUGCAGAGUCUCCUCGCUCAAAAGGAAUCAAUUCAACGUUUGCAUAUUCAAGCGAUUGAGAACAAAGUGGAAAGGGUCCUUCACAACGCGGAGGUGCUCAAAUCGCCGCAGAAAAGUGUCACCAUUGCGGCAAAAGCACCGCCAAAACAGCAAAAGAAAAAGCCGACCGGUGUUAGUCCGAUUAAAGUUGUCCAUGUGCCUGAUUAUGUGCUACCGGGGCCGCAAAACGGGCGAAAAGAGCAAAAACGAGAGGAAACGCCUGAGGAGGAAAUCGUUGCCGGCGACUACAAGAAGAAAACGGCUCUUUUGAAGUCUGAGGUGCGCGAUUCGGCCGCUUGCCCACUCCCUAAAUCCUAUAAACUUCUACAUGAAAAGUUCCAAUCGGGUGAUCGGAUCCUCUCAAUCAUGAUGCAACAGGGAAAACGAAUCACAUUUGACGAGUUGACCGAGAAUGUACGCAAGGCAAUGAAACGUGACUUUACAAAGAAGGAUUUCGCUUGUUUUGUUCAGCUCUACAAGGAAGCCUACUUGAUGAAUUUGGAGAAAGGAUGGAUGGCUUUUGGUGGUGCGAGAAAAGGCUGGGAUCUCGUGAUUCGACCGAAUUUGAAAGAUGAUUUGAAAGAGUGGAUGUUGGAUGAAGGGUCGUUAGAAGAUUCGACUGAUUCACUCCCAUUGAUGACCCCGUCGAUGCUCUGCUCACCGACAAAAGGACAACCCGGUGGAGUGCCAAGGAGUCCGAGAAAAGCUCCGUGCCAGCCGAUGCCACGAGCCCCGUUGAUGGAUGGACGCGAGCGUUUGGAGGGUUGGCGAAUGCUUUGUCGAGCGCACAUCUUUCGCUUUUUGUUGACAAAGCUCGUCCACGAGGCUCACGCGGCUUUCCUGGGAACACUUGGGGUUGACCUGAAGAAGAAACCAGUCCGAUUGCAUCCACAAUUUCAACUGGAGACUUGCCCUGAUGUGCCCGAGGGGAAAUUGCCCGAACCACCAAAAAAUGAGGGAGCGCCAAAAACGAUGUCCGAUUACAUGAGCGAAGUGGGUGUGGCGGCGAAUUUGGAGGGAGUCAAGAGAGUGUUGGCCGAUUUGACGAGCCCGCAGAAAACGACGCGGGACGGUGUGCCGCUUUCUCCCAAAAAAUUCGCCAACAAGCAAGCCGUUGAUGAGGCGAAAAGUGGUGGUGCAAACUCGUUGCUGGCAAGGAUUCGUGCAAAGGAGGCGGCGAAAAAGGCGGCAAUGGCGUCGAUUGAUCCGGUGAAAGAAAAGAGAAUAUCGCGAAUCGAUCGACUACUCAUUGGAGCGCUGAGAACGGUGACGAGCUUCUUCGCGCUCAAAAAGACGUACAGUCUCAAUUUGACGGCAGUCGUCGACAAAAUGAUGCAAACGAUUCGUUUCUUGGCGCACGAUGAAGCUAUUUCCUGCUUACAACUUUUGUGCGAGAUUUCCCCGAAAAACGUUGAAAUGGCUGAGGUUGCCGGUCAGAAAUACUUGAAGAUCAUCAAAAAUGAUUACGACUCGAUCUCGGCCGAUUUGAUGAAGGAAAAAAAUUGU